AUGCAACCACCAGCUACCAAAUUAGAUCAUCAGGAGAGUCUUAAGGAAGAUAUGUUUGUUGAUGCUUCUGAUGAGUUGGAUUUGGAUAAUAACAGGAAGAAUAUUGAUGUUGAACAAGAACGACCUGUUGUCUCCAUCAAUGAAACCCAGGACGAGAGUCAUCACAUCAUGGUGGAAGCAGAAGAGGAGAAAGUUGGUACAGAGGAAUCUGGUUCUUCGCCGGUUGAAAUAAAUGGCUUCAUAAGAGAACUUUUUACACUUCGUCAGAAGCUUGAGGUUAUCACUAGUCAGCAUUCGCCAGUUGAGACUGGUGAAGGGAAAGCUGAGAAUCAUCACCAGGAAGAAAAAGUGGAGGGGGUAAAAGGUAGUACCGAUGAGUUGAUUUCUCCAUUGCAGAGAAUGGUCAGUGACUGUUCCAGAUUAACCAUGCGUCUUGAAAGUGUUUUAGAUGAAAAAUUGCAGUCUGGGGAUGUGGUGAAACAACUCCAAACUGUUAUUUUCCAGAAGGAUCAAGAGAUUGAUGAUCUUAAUACAAAAGUCAAUGACCUUUCGGUUUCCAAAAGUGUUGUUGAAUCUCACAUGGAAUCACUUCAACAGACGUUGAAAGAAUCAUUUGAAGUCCAUAAUGAGUCAAACCUACAUGCGGAGGUUGUAUUGAAGAGGUUAUUAGUUUCUGUUGGUGCAAUAGUCAAGCAAGAGGACUUGUUGGAUGAUUCUGCUAGUGACAAGUUAUCUCUUGUUGAAAGGGGAAUCUCUCUAAUGAUUGAGAACUAUAAUCAGUUUCUUGUUGAAAUCGAUGGCCUCAAACAAUGUUUGAGUGAGGUUAGGUCGGAUUUCAAUGUACCGGAGGAAAAUGAUUUAGGGUUUGUUUUUGGUGUUGCCUGUGAAGAGCUUUUUUCCUGCAAAAGAAAGGAGGUUGAUUUUGUAUCAAAGUUAAAUCAACUAGAAGCUGAAAAUAGCAAACUGAUGAAGGAACUAGACAAGGAGAAAGAGACGUUAGAAGUGGUGAAGGAAGAAGCCAUCAGAACCAAAGGGGAACUUGAGCAGGAAAAGGUUAGGUCUGCUAAUACAAAAGAAAAGCUUGGCAUGGCCGUCACAAAAGGUAAGGCACUGGUUCAGCAGAGGGAUUCACUGAAGCACUCAAUUGCUGAGAAGACAAAUGAACUUCAGGAAUGUUUGCAGAAAUUACAAGAGAAAUCUGAUUCCCUUGAGGCCGCUGAAGUUACUGCCGAGGAGUUGGUCAGAAGCCAAAUUUUGGCAGUCUCACUUCAGGAAUCGUUGGCUGAGAAAACGAAUGAACUUCAGGAGUGUUUGCACCGAUUACAAGAGAAAUCGAAUUCCCUAGAAGCUGUUGAAGGUCAUUCCGAGGAGUUUGUGAGAAGUCAAAAUCUGACAGCUAAACUCCAGGAAUUACUCUCCGCGAAGGAAUCAAUUCUCAAGGAAAUCGAAGACAUCUUGCCUGAGGGUAUGCUUGCUGAACAUCAGUCCACGAAUAUAUUAGAAAGAGUCAGAUGGCUUGUGGAUCAUAAGAAUAAGUUGGAUGAUAUCUCUUUUGAAUUUCACAAAGUGAAAGAUGCUUUAUCUGCAGCUAACCUCCCAGAAACAGUUCUCUCUUCCAACUUGGAUUCGCAGAUAAAUGGGCUCAAGGAGUCAUUUUCACAAGCUAAAAUUGACAGAACAAAGUUGCACGCUGAAGUUGCUAGUGCUUGGGUGUCUGUUGGCUUACAUGAAUCUGAGUUGGCUGAAGCACGUAAUGAGAUUGACCUACUGAGUGUGUCUCUUUUUGCAGAGAAAGAGGAGAAGGCUACUCUUCAAAUGGCAUUGUAUGACUUAUCUCGCAAAUAUGAAGCAGUUUCUGAAAAUGAGCACAAGGUUUCAUCUGAAAAGGAUGGACUAAUAAGAAAGUUUCUAGAGGCUUCUGAGAUGCAAAACCCGGAGGACUCUGAUCAAGCUGACAUUGCUAUGCUUGUAGAAAAGUGCAUUAAGAAGAUCAAGGAGCAAAACAGUACCACUUCCGAGGUUUCUCUUUUUUGCACAGAACAAUUUGAGAGAAUGCAGAGUUUACUGUAUAUACAGAAUCAGAAACUGGUGCUAUGUGAGAACAUACUAGAAGCAGAGAUGGUGGACAAAUUGAAACUGAUGAACUUGGCAAGCGAGUUAGAGAGAGUGUCUCGAGAAAGUGAUGCACUAAAGGAUGAAAAUAAGUCUCUGAAAAAUGAUCUCGAGCGAGCUGAGGGUAAAACUGCUUUGGUUAGGGAAAAUCUAUCAAUGGCUGUAAAGAAAGGAAAGGGUAUGGUCCAAGAAAGGGAAAACCUGAAACGUUCUAUAGAUGAGAGGAAUAUCGAAAUUGAAAAACUCAAGCAAAAGUUGGAGCAGCAAGGGUCUGUUGUUUCUGAGUGCAGAGAUCAAAUUAAUAAACUUUCACGUGAUUUGGAAAGCAUGUCUAAUUUGGAAUCUGAUUUUGCGGCCAUGAAAGAGCAGAGAGAUCAAUUCGAGCAGUCCUUACAAGAGAGCAAUUAUACUUUGCAGAUAGUAGUUAAGUCAAUUGAUACUGUGGCCGUUACUGUUGAUGCAAUGUUAGAGGAUCCUGUGGAAAAGGUGAAAUGGCUUUUGCAGUGUUAUCAUGAUUUUCAAGUUGCCAAGUCUCGUGCGGAACAAGAGUUAGAAACAGUAAAACAGGAAAACAUUUCAAUGUCCAGCAAAUUGGAAGAGGCAGAUGCAACUAUUAAAUCACUGGAAGAUGAAUUAUCGAAGUGUAGUGAAGAUCUCUCUCUUCUGACACAAGCAAAGCAAGACAUCGAAAAAAAUCAAAAGAAGAGUCUGGACUUAAAGCUACAAAAUUCACAGAGGUUCUUGCAACUAUUAAGUGAAGCAGUAUCAUCUGCUGAGCGAAGAAUUUCUAUUCUUGUUGAGGAGAAGGCUGCUGCAGAAAACGAGUUAGAGAAGGAAAAAGCAGGAGUGGAAUCUCAAGUUAGUGAGUUAGCAGAGGCGACCCAAACCAUAAAAUCACUUGAAGAAGCACUAUCAACUGCAAAGAGCAGAAUCUCUAUUUUUGCUGAGGAGAAGGCUGCUUCAGAGGCAAACCAAACUGUAAGAUCACUUGAAGAAGCAUUAUCAUCUGCGGAGAGUAGAAUUUCUAUCCUUUCUAAGGAAAAGGCUGCUGCAGAGUUACAUAUAACUAAUGCGGAAAACGAUCUAGAGAAGGCAAAAGCAGGAGUAGAUUCUCAAGCUAGUGAGUUAGCAGAGGCGAACCGAAGUAUAAAAUCACUUGAAGAUGCUCUAUCUCGGGUGGAAAAGCAUGCCUCCGUGCUUUCUAAAGAACUGAACGAUUCCCAAGUUUCUAGAGAUCUCUUGGAGAAGGAGCUAGAGGAAGCAAAAACUGAAGCCAACAUUCAAGCUAGCAAGGUAUCAGAUGCAUACACAACAAUAAAAUCACUGGAAGAUGCAUUAGCAAAUGCAGAGAAUGACAUUGCGGUGCUUGUCAAUGAAAAGAGAAAUACUGAACAGGAAAUAGCAACACUUAAUGCAAAGUUAAGUUCCUCAGUGGAAGAAUUGGCUGGAACUCGUGGAGCCUCAAAAGGGCAGUCUUUGGAGCUACUAGAGCACCCCAAUCAUCUGGAAAUGUUAAUGAAAGAUAGCGGGCUUCUCUUUUUAUUAACACGAGGCUUUAAGAAAAAACUUGAGAGCCUAAGAGAUAUGCACCUCCUUCUAGAAGGAAUACGGGAUCGGUUCGUUGACGAAGGCUCGGGACUAUUGCCUGCUCGAGCUGGCACAGAGAUGGAUCAUCACCUGGAAAAUCUCCCUCCACCAGACCUUGGAAACUUUCAUAUCGAUACAAUUGACAACAGUGAGAAUAGUGCUGCGGACCCUGAGAAUAUCUCCUCUUAUUUCACAGAUAUCAUAGAAGGUUUCAAUAUGAAGAACAAAUUGAUAAUAGAUAGUUUUGUAGGGUUUUCUGGUUCUAUGGAUGAGUAUGUUGCAGUCCUCACCGAAGCAUUGCAGCAAACAAUAGAUGGAGUUGUUGUAACGCUUGAGACUAUGGAAUCUUUGAAGCAGCAGGUGAAAAACGUAGAAAUUCACAACCGUGAGCAAGAGAGCAUGAUACAUAAGUUGCAGAAUGAUGUGACUAUGAUGCUUUCUGCAUGCAAGGAUAUUGUUGAUGAGCUGAGUUUUGAAGAUGAAAAUUUGAACUCUAGCUUGUUCUCAAGUGAAAGAAAAGCUAGUGGUGAUGCAGUGGAAGAGCAACGGGGCUUACUUGGCACUGAAGGUGUUAAAGCGGUAGAGAACGUUCUAAGUGCUGUGACCAUUAAAGAUUUACGAAAUGAAUUGGAAGGGACCAAAUUAAACCUUGAAAGUGUCACGCAAGAAAGGGAUCUUCAUCAAAGCAGAGCCUCUGAGUUGGAGACUACUUUAGAAGAAUUAAAGAGUUCCUGCAACUCGAUGAAUCUUAAACUGGAUGAAUGUCUUGCCAUGGAAGAUGUAUUGAGGGAAAAAGAAGCAGAACUAUCGUCCUUGCAUGUUUCUUUUGCAAUUAAAAGUCAAGAAAAAGAAGGCCGCCUUCUUUCAGAAGGCCAAAUUCAAACCCUUCUAGAGAAGAUAAAUGAAAUUGAGAUCCCUUUUAGGGUAUCAGAACUGAAGAACACGGAAUCUUUUGUGGCAGAUCCUGUUAAGAAGCUCUUUUACGUUGUAGAUACAGUUGCACAGAUGCAGCAUCAGUUUGAAUUAUCUGCUCAUGACAAGGAAGAACUGCAAUCUAGACUUUCAGAAAGUGUUCAGGAAAUUGAGCAUCUGAAAAAGGAAGCUGGAAAUAUUAUUAGCAUUAACCAAGAGCUAGAACAUUCAAAGAGUGACUUAGCUAAGUUAGCAUUUGAUUUGGAGAAAAUAAUUCAGAAAUUUGGAGGGGAAGAGUUAAUUAAAGAACAAAAAUCUGUUACCAUAAGAAAUUUAUUUCCGGUUUUAGAAAAGCUGAUCAAAGAUCUAAUCCUAGAAUCUGAAAAUUCAAAGGCUAGAGCCCAGGAACUGGGUGUCGAAUUGCAUGGGAACAAAAAGUUUAUGGAUGAGCUGUCAGCAAAAGUUGCAUUACUUGAAGUUCCAGUUCGUAAGGGUCUGCCUCCAUCAGAUGCUGUCCAGGAUAGGAGCAUACUUGAAGGGCCUUCAUUGGCAUCUGGUUCAGAGAUAUCUGAAAUUGAAACCAUUGGUCCAGCUGGAAGGAACUCCACAUCCCCCGCUGCUUCUUCUGCGGCUCAUGUGAGGUCCAUGAGGAAGGGAUAAAGUGACCAUCUUGCUCUAACUAUUGAUUCCUAAUCCGAUCGGCUACUCAACCCCCCUGAAACUGAUGAUGAUAAAGGUCAUGUGUUCAAAUCGCUAAAUACAUCUGGUCUCGUCCCCAAACAAGGAAAACUUUUAGCUGAUCGGAUCGACGGGAUCUGGGUAUCUGGAGGUCGAAUUUUGAUGAGUCGUCCCAGAGCAAGAAUAGGUGUCGUAGCUUAGUGUCUGUUGUUGCAUAUUUGGUUGUUAGCCAGCAUUUUGUGAUAGAAUCAUUCCACAUGAAACGCUUCCAUCAACUGUUUACAUUACUGCAAGUUGUACUUGUAUUAUAGA